GAGGCGAGACGUAGUGGCUGAUUUUCUGUCAUACCCGGGAAGAAAACCAUUAUUCCAUUUUAUAACCCGUUAUUUAUAAUUUAUUUUCCUUUAUCGUUAAAGUUCGUCUCUCUAGUACAGAGGAGCUGGCCGUUUCUUUCUCUGCGGCAUGUAGGUGGCCGAAUUGUUUUGAAAAACACCGCUAUGACUGGGGUGUUUUAAGCAUUUGGCUACUUAGGGCGACCAGUGAAGAUGAAUGCGCUGGUGGCUUUGUGCCAUUUUUGCGAGCUCCAUGGCCCACGGACCUUAUUCUGCACUGAAGCUCUUCACCCCCCAUCUCCGUCCCCUCCUCAACCUGGCCUUUCCAUUGCAGGAGAGAGGGACAGGGAGGGGGACCGAGAGGGGGAGGGACUCACCAUGCGGGCUAACGGGUCUGCAUCGCAAAGGGCAGACAUGUGCGAGGGCUGUCGCUCGCUGCCAGCCUCUCACCCAGGCUUCGUCAGUGUGGACAGCGAGACGGGGAUCCGCUUCCUGAGCCACCAGCACCCCAGACAGCCGCAGCUGUUCAGCGUGGUCCGGCAGGCCUGUGUGCGCAGCCUAAGCUGCGAGGUGUGCCCAGGCAGGGAGGGCCCUAUAUUUUUCGGGGACGAGCAGCACGGCUUUGUUUUCUCCCACACAUUUUUUAUCAAGGACAGCCUGGCGCGGGGCUUCCAGCGCUGGUACAGCAUCGUCAUCGUGGCCAUGGAUAGAAUCUAUCUCAUCAACUCCUGGCCCUUCCUACUUCGGCACCUGAAGCUCACCAUCCAGGGCCUCCAAAACACGGCUCUGAAGGUGUUCGACAGUGAGCAGUGUGUCUGCCCGCAGAGGGCCGUGAGGAUGAACAGUGUUUUCUCCCCGGCUGUCUUUCCGCACCAAAGGAGCGGCAAUGCGGCCCGCUCCCUUUCCUCCUUGACGCAGCAUCCAGACCUGUGGGCCAGCCUGCACUCCUCUUUCAGCUGGCUGCUGAAGGCUUGCGGGAGCCGUCUCACAGAGAAGCUUCUGGAAGGAGCUCCCACAGAGGACACGCUGGUGCUCAUCGAGAGGCAGACAGAACAAGAAGAAGAAAUGAUUGGUUGGGAAGGAGCAGAAGGAGGUUGUUCAUUACCUCAGCGCAACCAGUCAGAUAAUGAACUCGGGAGGGACUUCCUGUGUGACGGUGGAAAAGGGGAGGAGUUGCCAGGGCCAAAGUUCAAAUCCUUGAGGCACUUAAGACAAGUUCUAGGGGCAGUAGAGUUCCGACAGCUUGCCUGGCAUGUGCUGAUGGGGAACCAGGUUAUCUGGAGAGGACCGGACCCUUCGCUCAUCCAGUCGGCUUUCAGCGUGCUCAAGGCUCUGCUCCCAGUAGGCUGUGUGAGGUCAGUGCCCUACAGCCCCCAGUAUGAAGAAGCCUACCGCUGCAACUUCCUGGGACUCAGCCCCGACGUCCCGAUCCCUGCCCACGUCAGCUCCUCAGAGUUCGCUGUGCUAGUUGAUGUCGUCAACGCGGAGCGAGGUUCCCUCUACCCUGCGGUCUGUGAUGAUGAUAUCCUCUCCCUCUACCAGUUCAACAUCAGCAGUGCCACCACACAGCCUACAGACAGGGGCCCUACGCUGCUCAACAAGGUGGAAGUGGCUUUGUCCAAUGAGAACCUCUCCGUAGAGGUGGUGUCACACUGUCUCCUGUGUCUGAAAGAGGAAUGGAUGAACAAAGUUAAGGUGCUCUUCAAAUUUUCUAAAGUGGAUGGACGGGGCCGUGAGGACACCCAGAAGGUUCUAGCUCUGCUCGGGGCCACGGGGCCCGGUGAGGAUGACAAUGUCCGGCUGCUGAAGUUCUGGAUUACGGGACUGAGCAAGACCUACAAGAGUCACCUGAUGACAGCAGUGAGGGGUGGGGAGAGGACACUGAGUCAGUGAGAGGGGGGAAAGCAGACCGAAUCAGUGAGUGGGGGGAGAGGAUGCUGAGUCAGUGAGAGG